AUGGCGAUGAUGAAAAUGGUUCAUCGUGAACAUGCCCUGAACAAAAUGUUUCUGUUUAAAUUGCUCUGUUUUAUCUUUAUUUGGAAUUCUGAUCGUUUUGGAAUUUCUCCAGCGGAUUGUAAGUGCCGACAAGAAUUGUUCACGCAAGUCAAAGGUAAGUGAAUAUAUUUUUUGUAACUAGUUGUUCAAUUAUACGGUUGAAUAAAUGUGAAAAAAAUGGCACUUGAAAACGCCACGUAUGUACCAUCACUGUUUAACAAAAAAUAAAUCGUUGCAGCAUAACUCUCCAUGUCACUUCCAAACUCCCUAGAGGCCCAGGUUGUUCACUAUAUUAUUAGAAACUCGUACAAGCCUGCGCUGUUCUUUCGAAUCAAACAACAGAAUUUCUUUAUCCAUGAUGCGACACCUUUAACACUGCCACUGAAACUUUCGAAAUCCUUAAUAUGGAAAUAGCAGUCAAAAAUAAAAAUAAAAAAAAUAAUAAUUUUCAUACUAAUUGCAAUUUCCAUACAAUGGAGUAUGGAAAUAGUAUGGAUAUACUAUGGAUUUAGUGAAUUUCAUUAUUUUUUGAAUUUCACUAAUUUUUCCAGUGUAAUUUGGGUUUCUGAAACGGCAUUUUCUGCAUUGUGGAGGCCAUCUUUUAGCAGUGUGAACCCAACGCGUUCCAUUCAUCGGAAUUGAACGAAUCUAAAGUUACACUCUGAAAACCCCCCAAACAGUUCAUACUUUUAAUUCUUCUUUUCAACUAAUAUUUAUGCCAUCCCCUGCAGGAAUUAGUCGGAACGUAUACUGAAGUAUCAGUUUAACUGAAUUAUGACCAUUGUAUCGCAUUUUAUCAAAAUACUCAAUGGUUACCGCAAAAAUUAAUACGCACACUUAGACCUCUUGUUUCCAGCUUUCUUACCCCUGACAACCAUGAAUCUACGUACUGUAGCGCCGCACAAAAGUUGAGAUUCAGGAUCCAAUUCUUUGACUUUGAACUGGUAGCAAUUACGUUGUAAACAAAUGUCGUUUAAUUUACCUGUUAAAAUUUAGUAAUAUACGCUUGAUGAGUGAUUUUCUUUCUUAAAAGCUAUACAAAGGCAUUUGUUUUUCUUUCACUGCGUAAUUUUUAAUUUACAACGGUCGACUUUUGUGAAAAAAUCAUCUUUUUAUGGACUUUAAGAUUUUUUUUAAAAAUCAACUUUUUAAGAUUACUCAUCUUCUUGGGCCACCAUUUUCAAAAUGUGCAGACUGUAGCUUAAAUUAUUUUAUGCUUUACACUUUUUUCUUUCGGCAAAUAAACUUUUGUUAAUUUAUUCUAUUUUUUGUAUAGGAUACUGUUACUCAACAGACGUUUUGUCCACACAUCACGUCGAGUCAUUGACACAUUGUGCAGGUCAACUGGGUCUCAAAUUGGAAACAUGUAUUGGAUUUAAAUAUCGCACCACCAAUGACAAUCUACCAAACUGCGAACGUUUCAAAAAAAUGGAAAACUGUUCGGAAUGUGCCGCAACUAGCAGCAAAAAUGGAGGUUGGAAGUUCUACAAGGCGGUUCCCACUACGCAAGUAAGUAUAAUAGUACACGCACGCAUCUUAUGGAGUAUAGAACAGUAA